AUGUAUUUACUCCCUAUCAGAAUUUCAAGACUAUUCAAGCAGUACAUCAGGCCACCAAAAUCCACGACUUCUCCCCUUACAGAGAAAGACUUUUCUUUAUAUCGAGUCUUAUUUGCAGCAUAUGGCAUAUACUCAAUAUAUCACUACAGAAAAAAAAUAUCAGAAAGUUGUGGAAUAAUUGGCUAUGUCGGUUCUGAUCCUAAAGCUAUCGAUGUAUUGCUGCAUGGCCUUACAGAAAUUCAAAACCGAGGCUAUGACUCUGCGGGGGUUGCAACUUACCAUGAUGGAGAAGUCUUGGUCACAAAAUUUGCAAGUGAUAAGCUAAAAAUUUCUGAUUCAAUAGAAAAAAUUAAGCAAAAUGCAGAUAAACACACAAAUAGCUGCUUAGGAAUUGGCCAUACACGUUGGGCUACCCAUGGAGGAGUAAACGAUGAAAAUGCUCAUCCUCAUUCUGACCAUAAAAACAGGAUUUUUGUGGCCCACAAUGGAACCAUUACAAAUACUCACGAAAUCCGAUCAAUCCUUGCACAGUGUAAAAUCCCAAUAAAAAGUGAAACAGACACCGAACUUAUAGCUUUACUCAUCGGGAUGUAUCUAGAUGAAGGACAUUCGUUGAAAAAUUCAAUAAAAUUGGCCCUUCAAAGGCUGGACGGAACUUGGGGACUUGCAAUUUUAAGUAAAGAUGAGCCAAAUCAAAUAAUAGUAGCAAGAAAAGGUAGCCCUAUGCUUGUAGGGAUAGGAGAAAAUGAACUAUAUGUAGGAAGCGAGCAGGCAGCUUUUAGCAAAUUCACUAAAAAAUAUAUUGAGUUGCUCAUGGGUUUUAACAGUUUUAAACCAUUUCAAGAUUAGAAUUCUGCAUUAAAAAUAAUUUUUACUAUUUAAAUCUUUGCAAAUAUAGCUGAGAUACUAUAUGGCCUUAGAAGAAGACGAAAUUUGGGCUUUGGAUCCUAAAAAAAUGGAAAUCGAAAAAAAUCGCAUCGAGCAGAUCGAUAACCAAGGCGAAGUAAGCCUAGGCUGUCACACACAUUGGACUAUCAAAGAAAUCGAAGAGCAGCCAGAAUCUGUAGCAAGAGCUAUGAACUUCGGUGCAAGAUUAAUUCGUGACGGAGCAAAACUUGGCGGAUUAGAAGAAAUCAAAGAAAAACUGCUGGAAAUAAAAAAUUUGGCCAUAAUCGGAUGUGGGACUUCUUAUCAUGCUGCAAUGUUCGGGGCUCAUUUGUUUAAAAGUUUAGAAAUCUUGAAUUCUGUGCAAGCCCUUGAUGCGUCAGAAACAACUUUAUUAGAUAUUCCAAAAGAAAACCCAGGGGUGAUUGCGAUUUCUCAGUCAGGUGAAACUAGAGAUUUAAUUGAGCCUGUUUCAGAAAUAGCCUUUAUAGAGAGAACCUGCCAAUAAUAAUAGUAAUUCGGAUUUUAACACCAUUUUCAUUAAAAAGUAUAGUAAAAAAUGGAAUUACCGCUAUUUCUAUCGUCAAUGUAGUCGGAUCUCAGCUUGCAAGACUAACAAAACAUGGAGUUUACAUGAACUCAGGCCGAGAAAUCGGUGUCGCCUCCACCAAAAGCUUUAUGAACUCUUGUGUCGUUUUAACUGAGAUCGCUUUAUGGCUCUCUGCCCAUCUCAAACCUGAGGAUUCAGAAAAGCGAAAAAGUCUCGUCAACCACCUCCUCAAGCUUCCUUUACAAAUUGGCUCAGUGAUUGCUCAAAACAAAGAAGUCAUCAAAGAAAUUGCAUCAGAAAUAAUAAAUGAAGAACACAUGUUUGUCCUCGGAAGAGGCUUAGCUGAGUCUAUCGCUAACUCCCCCCCCCCUCCGUGAGCGAACAAAAAAAAUUUUUGUUCGCUUACGGAGGGGGGGUUAAUUUUUUUUUUUAAAAAAAAUUUAUAUAUAAAUUUUAUAAAAAAUAUUUUUUUUCGAAAUUUUAAAAAAAUCCUAAUUUGCAAAAAUUGGGAAGCAAAUAUUAAUUUAAUUUUGCAAAAUUAUGUUUUAAAACGCAAUUUGUUUAAAAUUAAACAGAAUUAGCUCUAGAUUUCAUUAUACUAAUUAUCACUUAUAUAUCAAAAUUUUUUUCCAUUAAAAUUUUUUCUAUUAAAAAAAUUUUUGUUCACUCACGGAGGGUGGGUUUUUGGUCAAAAAAUGGCGAUUUUUCUAAUGGUUUUGUUCGCUCACGGAGGGGGGGGGGGGGGGGAGUAAGGAAGGGGCAUUGAAAAUCAAAGAAAUCACAAGAGUCCACGCAGAAGGAUACCCUGGAGGGGCACUAAAACAUGGACCUUUUGCCUUGAUAAAUGAUGGGACACCGAUUAUCUUGAUAAUAUUGAAUGAUGAUUAUAAAGAUCUUAUGAACUUAGCACUGGCAGAAGUCACUGGAAGAGGAGCGAAGACAAUUGUGAUUACGUCGGAUCCAGCACUUAUAACAACUGCAAAGCCACCAAAUAAAAUUAUUAAAAUUGAAGAAGCAGGGCCGCUUACUGCGUUGCUUUCAGCAAUCCCAAUGCAAAUGCUGGCUUAUUAUUUGAGCAUUAUGAAGGGGCUUGAUCCUGAUCAUCCUAGAGGAUUGGCAAAGGUUGUAACAGUUAGAUAA